AAUUAAUUAACUUUAACUCUUGAUUUUUUGCAAUAACAAAUAAAUCUUUAUAUAGAAUAAUUUAUCACUAUGUCAAUGAGCAAUAAUUCAACAACACCUAAAAGGUAACACGCAAAGUAGCACCUUAGUUAACUUAUAGGAUUAUCAUAAAAGGAUUUAAAUAAGUUAUUCUUUGAUGAUAAAAGUCCAAACAACAAGAUGCAAUCUAGCUCAACUCCUAAGCAGCUUUUUAGCAAUACAACAAAGAACGCCUCAUAAAAUUCAAAUUUUUUUACAAGCAGCAAUAAAAGCUAUAACACCAACAAUUUCUAAGAAGAAAAAGAAACAUAUAAGCCAAGCUUUAGCAGCAGUAAAAGUCCAAUUAGAAAACCUCUUCAGAUUUCUUAGAGUCCUAUACCGUACUAAAGUAUUUUAACUGAAUAAUAAAAUCAACAAAAUACUACUCCAACACAUAAAAAGGAUUUCUACUUUCAUGUUAGAAAGAACUCAAAAACUCCUCCUAAAAAAUAAUUACCUCCUUUGUUGAUAAAUGAAGAAAAUUCAAUCGAAAAAGAUAGAAAUGGAUAGAAAGGAAGUUUUGUAAAUGGUGAAAAGAAUAUUUAAUCAUACAUUAACUAAUUUGAAAGUGUACUUUCUCCUGUUAGUACUACUUCAAUCAGUUAUAGCACAAUAAAUCCAAGCCAAGAUAUAGCUAAUUUUAAUACUAAUAGCAACAAUAAUACUUAGAGUUUAAAUUAAUAAAUAUAGCCGAAUCUAAUAUAAACUCAAUAGAAUGGACUUCAUUCUCCCUAUGCAAAUACAAGCAACAAUUUAACAAAAUAAAUGCUUUCUAUCUCAAGUCAAAAUGAUAAAUUUUUUAAAAGCCCAAAAACAGUAUUGUAGUCUACAGUACAAAAUACAAAAUAAGGUGCUUAACAGAUACAACAACUUUCAAAGUCUCCAUAAAAUUCAUAGAGGUAGCCAGACAUUGUUACAGAAAGACAACUUAUUUUUUAGGAACUCAAAAAUAAGAUUUUGUCAAUGAAAGUAAAUGCAAGGGAUACUCUUUUUUUGACUAGUCAGAUUAAGGAAAAAUACGAACAAAAUGCAAAGUUUGCAUUUGAUUUCCUAGAAGAAAAAAAUUCGUUUGUUCUAAAAUACUACAUUCAUUUAGUACAUGAAGAAAUCGAAAGAUUAGUUUAAAAAAAGAAAAACAUUCUUUUAUCAAGAAAUUAAGCAUUUAGCUAAUUUCUCUCUUAGUUUAUAAAUGGAACCAAUAAGCAAAAGAUAUCCUUAAAAGACGAAUACUACAGUCUUUUACCCACAGCCAUAGAUUUGAAAGAAAUAGUAUCUAAAGACAUAGCUCUUCUAUAUAGAAAUUUAGAAAAAGAAAAUACCCAAAUAACCUAGCCUGUUUAGAGAGUUUCUCCUAAAAAGGAAAGCAACACAGAAAAUUAAUAAAAUAUCCAAAGUCAGAAUAUUUCUUCGUAUACUAACGUAGACGUAUAGUAGAUUCCAAAUGAAAUCAAGCAACUUUUAGUUAAAGCAAAUGUCUAAAUUAAUAAUUUACAAAAAGAACUUGACACAGAAAAGUAAAGGGUAAAGCUAUACAGUGAGGCAAAUGGCUUAGAGGAAGAUUUUGAAAGCGAAUUUAAGAACCUUAAAAUUCAAAACCAAGAUCUUAAAAAACAAAUUUAGGAGCUAAGUGCUGAAAAUGCUAAUUUAUUUAGGAAAUUUAAUGAAUCUGAUAAACUUGCAAAGUAACUUAAAGACGAUAAUGCAAAUCUUAGUUCAAAGAUAGAAGAAAAAGGAUAAAAGUUAGAGAGUCUACACAAAGAUUUAGAGGAAUGUAAGAUUUCCUUACAAUAAAUGAUUAUUGCCUAGCAGAAUGAAAAAUAAUCUUUUUCAAUUACUUUGUAAGAAAAUGAUGCAAAAUAUAAUAUUUUAAAUGAGAAGAACUAGCUGAUUGAAGAAAGAAUUAAGAGUAAAGAAGAUUAAAUCCAUUAAAAAGAAAAUGAAGUGUUAAUAUUAAAGUAGAAGAUAGAAGAACUAAAAAAUCUUCAGGAAAUUAACUAAUUGCUCUUGGAUGUUGAUAAAAAGGAUCAUAAUUUAGUAACGAAUUUGAUAUGUUUAGUAAAUAAGUUCUAAAACAAUGAACUACCGAGAAAUACAUAAAUUACUGUUGUGAAAUACUUAGAAAAAUUAAAUUUGAUUUGCAAAUAUUCAAGCUUAAGAACACCUUCCCCAAAUAAAAAUACACAAAAAAAAGAAAUAUAAAAAAGUGAAAAAAUUAAAUGCAUAAACAAUCAAACUCUUCACCUCCUUAAUUCCUACAUGCAGAAGCUCAUGGAUAAAAUAGUCAAAUAGCAAGUGCUCUACGAAGAACUUGAAUGGUUUAAAGACAAUAUAUAAAGAUUAGUAGAUAAAUUCCUGCAAAUGUCCAAAAAUCAAAUCUCAUUUAAUCAUAUAGACUUCUUUAAAUAAGAAAUCUAAAUAAAAUAUGACAGAAUAUAGUAAAAAAUAUCAUAAAUUUCACCAGACAUAACAUAACUUGAAUCAGAGAUGCAAGUAAAUAUUUUAACAUUAAAACUUAAUUUAAAUUAAAUUUUUAGGAAAUAGCAGCAGACUAAGUAAAAUUUUUAAAAAAUGAAUUGGAAGAUAGCACAGACGAGGAAUAAUUGUAUUCAAGUAUUGAAUUAUAAAAAGAAAAUAGUAAAUUAAAAAUGGAAAUUCAGCACCUAAAUACAUAAAUUUAGCAGCUAAAUUUAAAAGAUUAGUUAACUAAUAAUUCACUAACUAGCUCAUUAAAUAAAAAAUCACUAAAAUGAUAAAUAAUUAAAUUCUCCAAAUUUUAUCUGUAAAGAUUUUAUUGAAGUCAAAAUUAAAUAAUUAUCUAAUUACUUAAUAAGUUACUAAUAAAAUCUAAUCUAUCAUUAUUUUACUUAAUUAAUUAUUAAAUAAAAUUUAUUUUCAUGUAAAUAACAAACAAAUAUUUUAUCUAUUUAUCUAUCAAUCAAUGUAUUCAAUGUAAAUAAUUUCUAUUUUUUAUUUCAUAAACUUUCUAAAAUAAAUAUUUUUUUAAUUAUUAUUUCUAUCAAAGGAAAUUUUAUUUUAAUUAAGUUGAAUUUUAAGGAAAAAAAUGAUUAAGGUUGGGUCUUCUUACAUUCAGUAAGUAUUUAGUAUUAAAUUUUAGAUAAAAAUGAUUUUAAAUAUCAUUUUUCAAAAUAUGUAAUUAAUUUAAAUAAUUAUAAUUAACUAGUUUACUUAAAUUGA